AUGAAAUUUUUUAAUAUUUUAGCACAAGAAAAACGCCACCAAAGCACAUGCCUCGGUUCUCAUUCGACAAACCGCACGCACGCACGCGCGGGCAGAAUCGAAUUCCGCCACGUCUCCCUCCAUCGUCGAAGAAGAAGAAGGAAGCAAUGGAAGUCGAGAGCUCGACCGCCGGCGGCGGCGGCGGCGCCGCCGCUCUCCCCCGGCGACUUCCGGGAGCUCUUCGACUCCGUCGACGCCUUCCUCUUCGACUGCGACGGUGUCAUCUGGAAGAGAGACAGGCUCCUCGACGGCGUUUCUCAGACGCUCGACUUCCUCCGAUCCAAAGGGAAGAAGCUGGUGUUCGUGACGAACAACUCGAGCAAGUCGAGGAAGGAGUACGCCAAGAAAUUCGGUUCUCUCGGGAUUUCCGUGAGCGAGGAUGAGAUCUUCUCGUCGUCGUUCGCGGCCGCCAUGUAUCUGAAGGUCAAUGAUUUUCCUCAGGACAAGAAGGUUUAUGUGAUUGGUGGUGAAGGUAUUAUGGAGGAACUCCAGCUUGGAUAUACUGGCCUUGGAGGUCCGGAAGACAGCAAAAAGACAGCGGAGUGGAAAUCAAAUUGCCUUUUUGAACAUGACAAGAGUGUUGGAGCAGUCGUGGUUGGGCUUGAACCUGUCAUCAACUACUACAAGCUUCAGUGAGAAACUCUAAAUCUUUUGUUCAUCUUACUAUCACGGGUAUUAGUGGGACACAUGACUAAUUUACAAGAAUGGCCUGGUGCUGGGUGUAUGGUUGCAGCCAUCAGCGGUUCAACUCAGAAGGAGCCUAUAGUGGUCGGGAAGCCAUCAACCUUCAUGAUGGAGUUUUUACUAAAGAAGUUCCAAAUUGAUUGUUCCAGGAUGUGCAUGGUGGGUGAUCGAUUGGACACCGAUAUCUUAUUUGGUCAAAAUGCCGGGUGCAAGACUCUGCUUGUUCUUUCAGGUGUGACAACUCUAUCUGCUCUUCAAGACCCGGUUAACGAUAUUCAGCCAGAUUAUUACACAAACAAGGUGUCUGACUUUCUCGAUCUAUUAGGAGCAUGACCCUAUUGGGCAUGACAUUCUUUCUGGCAUGUCAGACUUUCUUUGCCUGAUUAUUUAAGUCCAUCCCUUUUCCCUUUGGCAAUUGGGGAACACAGAAGACUGGCAUGAACAUCUUUCAGCUGUGUUUCUUUUUCCUUUUUCUUCAAUAACCAAGUCCGGAAACAA